GCCCCGGCUCCUCCUCCGGCCGCCCCGUGACAGUCCCAGGGGUGACACUACCUGCCCAACCUGCGCUGCGACACCCAGUCCCACCCCUUGAGUCAACCGGCCGCCCUGAGACGCCAACCCGGCCGGCCUUGACGUCGCUCCCCCGGACCCUACUUGCUCCCCGGGACCCCGCUUGCUCCCCACUCGCUCCCCACCAGAGAGGAAACUUUGUCCCCUCCAUCUCCUCCCUUGGUGCCUCUCGGAGCCUGGCCCGCCCCGCGCUGCCUGCUCCGGGCUUUGCAGCUGGAAGGAGGAAACCAAGUGGUGGCGGCGGCCCCGGCAAGGGCGGGUGGCAGCCGGGGCGACAUGGGCAGCGCCGAGGAGGAUUAUAACUUUGUCUUCAAGGUUGUCCUGAUCGGGGAGUCCGGGGUGGGGAAAACCAACCUGCUCUCCCGCUUCACCCGCAACGAGUUCAACCACGACAGCCGCACCACCAUCGGCGUGGAGUUCUCCACCCGCACCAUCUUGGUGGGAGACGCCGUGGUGAAGGCUCAGAUCUGGGACACGGCCGGGCUGGAGCGGUACCGUGCCAUCACCUCCGCGUAUUACCGCGGGGCUGUGGGCGCCCUGGUCGUCUUUGACAUCACCAAGCACCAGACGUACGAUGUGGUGGACCGCUGGCUGAAGGAGCUGUACGACCACGCCGAGGCCAGCAUCGUUGUCAUGCUGGUGGGGAACAAGACCGACCUCGUGCAGGCUCGGGAGGUGCCCAUGGAGGAGGCAAAAAUGUUUGCAGACAACAACGGGCUGCUGUUUGUCGAGACCUCGGCGCUGGACUCCACCAACGUCGAGCAGGCGUUCGAGACCAUCCUGAAGGAGAUCUUCCACAAAGUGCAGAAGCAGAAGCAGAGGAGCAGCCAAAGCAACACGGUGUCGCUUGCCAGCGAGAGCCUGGAGAGCGCAGCCGCGGCGCAGCCGGAGAAGCGCCCGUGCUGCGUAGCCCUCUGAGCUGGCCGGGCACCCCGGGAAGCCCCCGGGGACCCCCGCAGCCCCGGGACACGCCAGUGGCGUAGAGCCGGGUCUGCCUCUGCGCAGACUCCUCUGGCCGCUGGCGCAAGCUGGUGUCACCCAGCCUCCACCCCUGUCCUGGCGCAGUGGGGACCAGCAGCCUGGACGGUGGCCAAAUUCUGCCAUAAACGGUGAGAAGCACCAGUGCCGGGAGCUCUGCUCUGUCUGCUUCGUUUUUGCUGGGCCCAGGGUAGCAUCACCACUAUCACGCACGGACCUCCGUGCCCCUCGGACCCACGGUGCAGAGGACUGAGAGACCCCCAAGGCACUGCUGGGGAACGAGCCAGGAGGUUCUGGCCAGGAUUGUGCCAGCGACGGGAGCUGCUCCAGUUGUGUCUGGCCCUGGAGUUGCUCCCGUGGGACCACCCUGUGCCACGCGCUGCGGAUGUGGCUGACCCCACAGGUCUCCAUCUCCAAUGGGGGCUGCUCUGGGGUCAUCCCAAGCCCUCAGGAGCGAAGUGGCAGCGCUCAGCCCUUGGCACGCCUCUGUGCCCAUCCCAGACAUGGGACAAGUGUGAUGGCAGGACCUAGUGAGGGUCCCUCCUGUCUGCACGGCAGGACGGGGCUCAGCGCAGAGCCCGGUGCCAAAGGGCCCGGGAGCAGCUCCGUGUCCAGCGCAACGGUGACUCAAUCAUUAAAGGACUUGUGAAAUGCG